ACAUCACAAUAUCACCUUCUUGUCCCUCGGCCACUCCCGCUGCAAACCGUCGCCUUCCGCUUCGAUCAUCCGUCGCAAGUUCCGGCUGAAACCACCUCCGGAUUCAGCCACGUAUAUCCGGCGCGACUCCGAUUCAAUAUGUGCUGCCGGGAAGGGGGAUGUGCUGACGAGCACUGAAGAUAAAGUUGUCAGUUCCUCGAGCAAAGCAUCCUUGUACGGAAAUGGAAAUCCUACCAACUCCAUUAGUUUGUUUGGGGUUGACUUAACUGCGGAUAAUACUGCCGUAGCUAUGGUAUAUUUCGUUCAAGGUGUUUUGGGACUUUCCAGGCUUGCCGUCAAUUUCUACCUGAAAGAUGACCUGCAUUUAGACCCUUCAGAGACAGCUAUAAUAUUUGGCGUCUCAUCAUUGCCUUGGCUUGUGAAGCCCCUGUAUGGAUUCAUCAGUGAUUCAUUCCCUCUCUUUGGCUACCGAAGAAGGUCGUAUUUGGUUAUCUCAGGACUCUUGGGUGCCCUCUCAUGGGGUUUGAUGGCAACCUUGGUUGAUAACAAAUACAGUGUUGCAUUCUGCAUACUUCUGGGAUCUCUGUCUGUAGCAUUUUCGGAUGUAGUUGUGGACUCCAUGGUUGUAGAGAGAGCUCGUGGUGAAUCACAGAGCAUUUCUGGAUCCCUUCAGUCACUCUGCUGGGGAUCAUCAGCUUUUGGAGCUAUUAUAAGUUCCUAUUUCAGUGGAUCAUUGGUGGGUGCUUAUGGUGUGAGGUUUGUAUUUGGAUUAACGGCUUUGCUUCCACUAAUAACAUCUGCUGUUGCCGUCCUUGUGAGAGAGGAGCCAGUGCUUGGCCCAGCAAGGGUACUGAAUUUCUCAUUGGAUAGAUCUAACUUUCUUGAAAGCUCAAGGAACACCAUCACACAGGUGUGGGUUGCGGUAAAGCAGCCUAAAGUAUUGCUUCCCACUCUGUUCAUUUUCCUAUGGCAAGCAACACCUCAAUCUGAUUUUGCCAUGUUCUAUUUCACAACGAAUAAGCUUGGUUUUACUCCGGAGUUUCUGGGACGCGUGAAGCUUGUCACUUCCAUUGCAUCAUUAGCCGGUGUUGGACUCUACAAUGGCUUCUUGAAAAGUGUCCCUCUGCAGAAGAUAUUUCUCAUGACUACUCUCAUUGGCUCUGCUCUUGGAUUAACUCAAGUUCUACUAGUCACUGGAUUGAACCGGCAGAUUGGUAUAAGCGACGAAUGGUUUGCAAUUGGCGACUCAUUGGUCCUAACAGUUCUCAGUCAGGUGUCGUUCAUGCCUGUUCUCGUGUUAGCUGCAAGAAUCUGCCCAGACGGCAUGGAGGCUACUCUAUUUGCAACACUCAUGUCGGUUUCAAACUGUGGCAGCGUCCUUGGUGGUUUAAUCGGAGCUGGACUAACUCAGCUCCUUGGCGUCACGAAAGAUGAGUUUUCAAAUUUAGCUUCUCUGAUUAUUCUUUGCAAUUUGAGUUCAUUGCUACCCUUGCCUCUACUUGGCCUCCUCCCUCGAGAUAUAUCUGGUAGCGAUUCUAACGAGAAUGCUGAUGUUGAAACAAAGUCGAAUUGAGUUUAAUGAUACCUUAUACAAGAAGUAGUUGUAUUCUGAAAAC